GGAAUUAAAGUCAAAAACAUAUAUUUCUAUCUAAAUUUUAUCUGCGAUGAAAAACAUUUAAAGGUUCAAUGUGGUGGGCAGACCGCAAUGUUGUUGAAUUUAAACCAGCCCGCGCAAAGGACCUGACAGCCUCGACCAAUGAAAUCGCAGGAUUAACCCAAAUAAAUACUAAGGUAUCAAAACAUAGUCAUACACUUUAAUCAAAAGUAUUACCGGACAAAAAUAAAUUCUAUCUUUAGCUGUGUUCGUUCAAAUUCAACACAGUUGACGCUGAGAUUUGAAAAAAUCCACUCAUUUUCUAUUUUUUGAAUGAUAUUCAUACUUUCGAGGACAGUGUAUUGAUGUUUGCGUAACUAGUCAGAAAUCGAUUGUUUUGCUUCGAGACAGAAGCAAAAGGCCAUUUUUAGACACGUCUGUUGAAGCUUUCGUAAAGUUCUCCGUUGUAAAUUGUCGGUGUUUUUGAACAUAAAAUGAAGUUCCAGUAUAAGGAGGAACAUCCCUUUGAGAAGAGAAAGUCAGAAGGUGAAAAGAUCAGGAGGAAAUACGCGGACAGGGUACCUGUGAUUGUGGAGAAGGCGCCCAAGGCGAGAAUUGGGGAUCUAGACAAGAAAAAAUAUCUUGUACCAUCCGAUCUGACUGUAGGCCAAUUCUAUUUUCUCAUCAGGAAGAGGAUCCACCUUAGGCCAGAAGACGCGCUAUUUUUCUUUGUAAAUAAUGUCAUUCCUCCAACGUCUGCUACCAUGGGAUCACUUUACCAGGAAUAUCACGAAGAAGAUUUCUUCCUCUACAUAGCAUACUCUGAUGAAAAUGUUUAUGGUGCUGAUCUGUAAGGAACACAAUUGAUAUGAUUUAAAUCAUUUUAAUGUAACAGUACACAAGACAUAUAAAAGUUAUAUUUGAUAAGUUUGUUGCUUUUCUAUGGUAUUGAUUUUAGUGAUAUUUUGAAAAUGUAUAAAUGACGUUUGGGUUUUUAACAUGGUGAUUUAACAUAUAUUCUACUUAUGUACUGCGUAUAGGUAUAAGAUAUUCUGUAGCUAGGUCCGAAACGAUGCCAUCAAAGUAUUAGGUUUGUUUUGGUGGUUUUCUGAGUCUAGGUAUUAGAUUUAUUGUGAUUAAUUGAAAAUAAAAGUACAAAAACACAUUCA